AUGGUGAAAGCAACGGCUUCGGUCUCUUCGCCGAAACCGAACAAGAAUAACAAGAACGCGCAAAAACAAAAGGCGUCUAAGAAGACCACCACUAAAGACGACGCCACGAACACUGCGUCUAUAAAAAGCGAGGAGAGUGGUUUUCCUUUAAACGGUGGUCCGAUAACCGUGGCCGUGUUGUUAUUGCUCAACGGGGAUCUGGAAUCGCCAACUUUGCCGAGAGAGAUGCGCUUGCAAGAUUUACUCAUCGAGGGAAAGAAAGGAAAAAAUUUAGGCACCCGUGCGCAAAGUCAGAAUAGAAAAGAAGACAACAGACAACGAAAAGAAGACGACGAUGAGGAGGAUUCGAAGCUCGAGGAAGAGUUAGACAACGUCCCGGAGGAACAAACGAUCGUCAUUGGACGAAACAAUACGAACACGUACGUUUUAGACGUGCCGGAUUUGCCGUAUCUUUUGUCGCGAACGCACGCCAAGUGCGUGAGCGCGGGAGACGAACAUUUCAUUUACGAUUUUAAGACGACCAAUGGGACGUACGUGAACGGGAAGAUGAUCGAGAAGCAAAAGUACGUGAAGUUGAUGCACGGGGAUAUCGUUUCGUUUGGCGGGCCGGCGAAUGUUUUGAGGAACGAGAAAUCGAUGAAGAAUCCGUUUCGAUUUCGGUAUUUGAGGACGAAAGUGGCGAGAGAGAGCGGCGCCGUUUUGAGAGCGUCGCAGCAACAGAAAGAGCACGAAUUAUCACGACAGAAUGCGGCAAACAACGAUGCAAGUGGAACGUCAGGAGCAGUUUCUGGAAAGAGAGAUCACGGAGUGGUCGGAAACGCCACCGUCGCCGGCGCGAGAGGAGGGAACGUUGGGAAAAAGUUGAAAAUGAGUACGUUUCCUCUCGUCGGCAAAGGCGUCGACGCGCAGCCGUUGACUUUAGGUGGCGGGUACGACGACGAGUUUGUCCCAAUUUUCUCGCAAGGUCCGAGUCAAGAGAUUGAUGAUUACGUAACGAACGUGCACAGUCAAAACCACGAUGGCACUGGCGAACACGAGAAGAUACGAGAGAUGUUCGAGGAAGGUUUGCUGCAACUAUUUCAAGCGCGAGGCGGAGAGUUUACGCGGAAGUUUAACAGCGCUUUCAUGAACUUUCCGAUUAAAGAAGAUGAGAAAGGAGUAGUAGGAAAAGACGUGGUAGAGGGUAAUGGCAACGGUGGUGGCGAUGCGGGCGUUGUAGGAGAGAAAAGAGAAGGUGAAGACGCGAAGAUGGAAUCGGCGGACGAGUCACCAGAGGACGAAUCGCAAAGGAAGAAGAACAAGAAGGGCGCAAAAAUGGCCGCAGCUGCGGCGAACGACGACGAUUUCACGCAACCAGUUGGCAGAGGAGGUGAUAACAUCAGCGAUGGGAGCAACGGAGACCACGAUAUGGAAACGGGAGACCACGAGAAGAAGAGUAAUCUUGACGUACAGUUGAUCGCGAAACUUUCGCAGGCGUGCGCGAACCGCAUUGUACCAACCGAGGAUGCGCAGCAUGAAAUGCCGCCAUGGAUUGAGCACGAGUUGCGCUGUCCAGUCUGUCGCGAAUUUCUCGUGCGUCCACAUUGCGUGCAAGGCUGCGGUCACGUUUUUUGCUUCGGAUGCAUUCAUCCGUGGUUGGCGAAGAGUAAACCGUGCCCGCUUUGUCGCCAUAAACCGGCGGUGUGCUUACCUCCAAAAAUAGACCACAUCGAAGCGGCGCGUUCGUUCGAAAUGAUUGGUCCUAGAGCGUACGCGGUAAAACAACAACUCACGCCGUGUCACGUGCACGAAAAAUUGCUCAAAAUGUACGUCUUGAAGUGGCUCACGCCGGCGCAAAAGUUGAAACGCUUGAACUUUGAAGAGGAAGGUAAACGCGUCGAAAAAUUGAUGGAAGAGCGCGAGUUAAAACGCAUGAAGCAAGAACAAGAAUAUGAAGCCAGUGAAGUCCCGGACGGGGCAGUGGGAAGAAGCACCGAUGUGAUGACUGAAUUAGGUUUACGCGCGGCUUUUCUGCGCGCGUACCACAUGGAACGUGCGGCGCAACAUCUUGAUUUCGAGCGAAGAAACAGCAUCGCCGCAUCUCUAGAAAACGCCGCCGCCGCCAAUAUCAACGACGCCUCGCAAGAGCGCAGCGCCGUUCGCAUGCAAUUUGAAGCCGCGCACUUACCUUCGGAAGAACACGUUCGUGACGGCGACUUGAACAACUCGCAGCAGCAACAUCAUCAGCAAGAAGAAGAAGAAGAAGUUAAAGAAGAAGAAGGAGAGGAAGAAGACGCGCGAAUGCUCCAGAGCGCGCAAGAAACGGCGGCUCAGGCCAGAGAGGCGGCUCGCAAGACCCAAGAAGCAGGAGAUAAUAAAUAG